GAAUAAUAGCAGAACCUUUGACAGGCAGGCAGCCAUACUUUAGACUCCCGGUAAAUUUUCUAGGGUUUGCAAAAGAGGUGAAACUCGAAAAUGGAAGGCUGGGACCCGAACACGAAGUCGACGCUGACCCAGAUCCCGCUACUCACGACGAAGGCGGGUCCCAGAGACGGCUCAACAUGGACUCAGCGGCUGAAAGAGGAGUAUAGAGCUUUGAUCGCCUACACGCAGAUGAACAAGUCCAACGACAACGAUUGGUUCCGGAUAUCCGCCGCCAAUCCCGAAGGGACUCGUUGGACCGGCAAGUGUUGGUACGUCCAUAACCUUCUCAAGUACGAAUUCGAUCUCCAGUUUGAUAUCCCCGUUACUUAUCCGGCCACUGCUCCCGAGCUCGAGUUGCCCGAACUAGAUGGCAAGACUCAGAAGAUGUAUAGAGGAGGGAAGAUUUGCUUGACCGUGCAUUUCAAGCCACUUUGGGCAAAAAAUUGUCCUAGGUUUGGUAUAGCACAUGCACUUUGUUUGGGUCUUGCUCCAUGGCUUGCUGCAGAGAUUCCGAUUCUCGUCGAUUCUGGGAUGAUCAAGCAUAAGGAUGAUGCAGCCUCAUCAAAUGUUUCUUAGCAUAUCGAUUCCGGGAUGAUCAAUCAAGCGGAUGAUGCGGCCUCAUCAGAUGAUUCCUUAGCAUUUUCAGAUGUUAAAGGCGAACCUUGAGUUUUCAUAAAUAAGCACUCAAACAAUAAUCAUACAGCUUUAUGGACAAACUCAUCUGUAUUGUGAUCAAAUGAUAAUGUUGACCCUAAAAAUAAAAUGAAAACAAAUGAGAUGACUAUCUAGCUCAGUUGGUAGAGUA